AUGGAACUGUUUUCAGAAAUUUCACGACUUGCUCUCGCGAAAGACGAAAAAGCGGCCUUACGUAAAUAUUUUACAAAAAAUCCUACUCAGGAGGCAAUAGCUACUACUAUUCUGUCAACCUGUGAGGACGACGAGGAGAGAGUCCAAUAUCUAAAGUUACUCUUAGAACCGGAAGCAGUAGUUGCAGCAGCUGGAAAUGAUAAUUGUCAUGUAUCUUCUGCUUUUCCAAAAGGUCUUUAUUACCAAGAACCCGACAUGUUACUAAAAACAAGUGGAGCUUUAUGGGAAUUUCAAACACCAGCUGGAUUCAAAGAAAUAUUUCAAAAUGAAUUAUUUGAUCAUUAUAGAUACUGGAGAAAUGGCCAGAUAGAUAAAACAUAUAUCCCUCUUUACUUUCUUCUUUCUGGUGCUGGAACUGGUAAAUCACGCACAGCAACUGAACUACCAAGAUUGGCAAAAAAAUAUGCAGAGGAUAUAGAUAAUGCUGAUUUGAAGAAGGCACUAGAGAAACCAUUUGUCUUCAAUAUAUCAUUUGAAAAUGGCACCCCCUUGAACCUUAAAGAAGAAAAAGCACCCACGCAAGCAAUUGCCCUUCGAAUGUUGCAUCAAUUAUUAGGAAAGACAACAGCUUGGGAUACAAUUAUGCGAAAGUAUAUAGCUUCACCUUCUGAUGUGUUGAAUCUCAUAUUAAUUUAUCAUAAAAUUUCCCGUCAGGAUAUGACAAUUUUUUUGAUUGUUGAUGGAUUACAGACUGCUUUACAAGGUGGAAAGGAUUCUCAUAACAAAAGUUCAUUUUUCAAUAAUUGUAUGACAGUAUUAUCAGGCAUAGCUCGUCAGAGAGGAGGACCAUUUGUUAUUGCUUGCUGUGCAGCAACCAUUACUACUCCAUAUAAACGAGAACAUGGUGUAUUGAUGCAGGUCUUUCCUUCUCAUCCUAUUAUUGAAAUGCUGAUUAAUGACAUGGGUGGCCAUGGGCGUGCACUAGAGACCUUGCAAGAUGUACUUGUACAUUAUAAGGAUUUAGAUGUUGUCAAUUUUACUGAUCUUAUUAAUGAUAUACGAACAAAACUACAAGAUCGAUAUAGCGAGUGGAUUGUUGCAGGAUCCCAAAUUUUAAUUCCUGUUCUGCGUAUAAUACUGUCUCAUCAAGUUGUGGACAGUACAAUACCUUUUCCAGGUACAGAUGGACUCAAAGUUGAUGAUGUUACUCAGUUUGGAUUAAUUUGGUUCCAAAAAACUAUAGGAUUACAAGGUUUUUUGACUUGUGCUUAUGUAUGGUUAUGGAUAAUGGCACACACAAGUGGAGAUCCAAUACUGAAGAACUGGCGCUUUACAUAUUAUGAGGAACAGCAAGGAAAAGGUGAUGUAACAGUACCACCUGGAGCACAAUAUUGGCAGCAUCUUGAGCAUUAUGUUGCUCAAAUCCGUGUUCUUAAGUCAAUGGUUUAUGAAAAUGGAGAAGUGAUCAGCAUGAGUAAAUUACAUUUUGGUGCAUACCUUAAUGGUGAUGUGAAGAUAUGUAAUAUGCCAUUAAUAUUAGAAAGAGCAGUAAAACAAACACCUACAAACUCUAGUGCCUUAAAGAAUUCAAUGGUGCAAUGUGAAAAUGGACAGAUCAAUGUGCUUGAGGGUAAAUAUUGUAUUAUUAAUUGUUGUAAUGCUCCUGCUGGUGAUUCUUUUUGUGGUAUUAGAGUUGAUUCAAAUAGAUCUUGCUUCACUGAAAUACAUCAAUGCAAGUUGGUAAAGUCAGAUGUAAAUGAUAACAUGUUUAAAAAUGAACGUCAAAAAGCAGCUGAUAAAAAGGAUUAUUUUAUUUUAUUUACUACUGGAAGAUGUACUGCAAAUCUUACUUGGUUCUCCGGAGUUGUUGAUAAGGAUGUAUGGGAUAUAUAUUUUGGUCUAUUUUCUGGAAGAGCACUUAGAUAUGCAAUUAAUUCUCCACCUAUUGCUAAUAGAGCUACCUUCUCUGAAUUAACAGGAAUCAAUGGAAUUGGAAAAAUUCGAGCUAAUAUAAUCAUUCAAAAACGUCCUUAUAAUAAUUUAGAUGAUUGCUAUCAAAAGACUAAUAUACCUAUAAAUUUACUACAAAAUUUAAGUUUUUAG